UCAAGUAAGUAGGCGGGUCUUAGCUAUGACGCAUGGUAGUUUGAGGUCUUACGUUACUGCCGGGUGUUGCAUCGUCCUCUGGAAAUCGCAACAAUGGGCAGUGUUUUGGCAGCCAGCUCCCCCAACCCGCCACCGGCUCCUGCUGGUGGUAGUCCUGGCAGCCCAGGGAUGACGGUACCCCCAGGCUUCUCAAUGCCCCCAGUAUCACCUGUACUGCCUUCAGGCAACGCGGCACCCGGUCAGCAGGUGGAGGCAGAAGGCCCUCUGCCCAACCCUGGCACGUUUGAAGAGUGCCACCGCAAGUGCAAAGAGGUGUUCCCCAUGCAGAUGGAGGGUGUAAGACUAAUUGUUAACAAGGGCCUGAGUAAUCACUUCCAGGUGAAUCACACGGUAAUGCUCAGCACCCUAGGCGAUUCCAGUUACAGGUUCGGUGCCACCUAUGUGGGAACUAAGCAGAUGGGUCCAGCAGAGUCCUUCCCAGUCAUGGUGGGAGACAUGGACAACAGCGGCAGCCUCAAUGCCCAGGUCAUUCACCAGAUUUCCAACAGAGUCCGGUCCAAACUAGCCUUCCAGACGCAGCAGCAAAAGUUUGUGAACUGGCAGGGAGAUUGUGAGGUCCGAGGAGAGGACUUUACUGCUGCUGUUACCCUGGGCAACCCAGAUGUCCUUGUAGGCUCCGGUAUUAUUGUAGCACACUACAUCCAGUCCAUAACCCCAUCCCUGGCUUUGGGAGGGGAGCUGGUUUACCAUCGCAGGCCAGGAGAGGAAGGCACAGUCAUGUCUCUAGCUGGCAGAUACACAGGCAGUAACUUCAUUGCCACAUUGACACUAGGGGGAGCAGGGGCACAUGCCUCCUACUACCACAAAGCCAACGACACGUUGCAGUUGGGUGUUGAGUUUGAGGCUAGCACCCGUAUGCAGGAGACCAGUGUAUCAUUUGGCUACCAGCUAGAUGUGCCUAAAGCCAAUUUGCUCUUCAAAGGCUCCAUAGAUAGUAAUUGGGUGGUGGGGGCCACACUAGAGAAGAAGCUGCUUCCUCUGCCUCUAUCUUUGGUCCUGGGGUCCUUCCUCAACCACAAGAAGAACAAGUUCCAAUGUGGUUUUGGCAUCACCAUCGGUUAGACUUAACCAGAGUGGGGGAAAGCCUAUAGGCAAUCUUCACAGAAAGGACAGACAAAGCCUGGACUCACCAUUGAGUCUCACAUCAAUAUAAUUUGUCCCCAUCUGACUACUAAGAAGUUCAUUGUUGUUGGUUCCAAAGGUUAAUUUUUCCUAAAUAAUGUGUUAAAAUAUACACUAUAUAUACAGAAGUAUGUGGACACCCCUUGAAAUUAGUGGAUUCGGUUAUUUCAGUCAUACCCGUUGCUGACAGGUGUAUAAAAUCGAGUACAUUGCCAUGCAAUCUCCAUAGACAAACAUUGGCAGUAGAAUGGCUUUACUGAAGAGCCCAGUGACUUUUUCAACGUGGCACUGUCAUAGGAUACUACAUUUACAACAAGUCAGUUUGUCACCUUUCUGUCCUGCUAGAGCUGUUAUUGUGAAGUGGAAACGUCUAGGAGCAACAAUGGCUCAGCCAUGAAGUGGUAGACCACACAAGCUCACAGAACAGAACCGCCGAGUGCUGAAGCGCGUAAAAAUCGUCUGUCCUCGAUUGCAACACUCUGGAAGCAAAGUCAGCACAAUAACUGUUUGUCGGGAGCUUCAAGAACACCUUUGGGAUGAAUCGGAACGCCGACUGCGAGCCAGGCCUAAUCUCCUAACAUCAGUGCCCAACCUCACCUAAUGAUGUUGUGGCUGAAUGCUGUGGGGACUUGCUUCCCAUGUUCCAACAUCUAGUGGAAAGCCUUCCCAGAACAGUGGAGGCUGUUAUAGCGCCAAGGGGGGGACCAACUCCAUAUUAAUGCCCAUGAUUUUGGAAUGAGAUGUUCAACGAGCAGGUGUCCACAUACUUUUGACUAUGUAGUAUAUAAUCAUUGAAAGGUUAAACAAAGAUAUGUAAAUAAGGUGCAUCUUUUAGGACUAAAAUAAUCAAUCGAAUGAUCAAAAUUGGGGUAAAAAUGCAUGGGCCAGAGAUUGAGGACAAUGUGGUGAUGAGAUUGGACAAUGGCCAUAUACUUCAGAGACGAACGUACUGAGACCAACAUAGCAGACAGCAGUAAAAGAGGACUCAGUUUCCUAACAGCAAGUGUUUUACUAUCAAAUUACAGUACUUUUGUUUUUAGGGCAGUGCCUGUCCAGUUUUGUUUUGGUCGGUUUGUUUUUAUUUAUUUUGUGCUGUAUGGUCUAUCUGCUUCUUUUCCCUUUUUUUUGUUUGUUUUUUAGGUUGGGGAGGCAGAGGGCAGGAAAAUCUUUUUCAUAAUCGUAUAUAUUACCUGUAUAUAUCUAUUGGGAAAAGGAUAAAUGCCAUUUCUUACAAAAUAUGGAGCGAAUUGGUUUUGUUUCUUAUUGCUUCAAAUUCUCUGCUCAUAGUUGACAGGGCCUGAAUUGUUUCAGUUGAUGAGAAUAAGCUGAAUGCUGUUCAUGAGUUUCAUUUAUUUAAAUCACCCAUGAUGAUAAUACUGACAAAUAUGCCGAUAUGUAAGAAAGUUUGCUUGAAGAAAGUGAGACCCUUCUCAAGAGGGCAACAGUAGAUGUGAUUAUUCUAUUGAUGAUAGAAUCCUGCAAAGCUUCUGUAAUAUAGUCCUGAGUCACAUGUAGAUAUUGGUCAGGAGAUGGAGAGUCCGAUAACUGAUCAUGUAUGUACCAACAAUAGUGGUACAUACAUUUACACUGAACAAAAAUAUAGGCGCAACAUGGAAAGUGUUGGUCCCAUAUUUCAUGAGCUGAAAUAAGAUCCCAGAAAUGUUCCAUACGCACAAAAAGUGUAUUUCUCUCAAUUUGUGCACAAAUUUGUUUACAUCCCUGUUAGUGAGCGUUUCUUCUUUACCAAAAUAAUCGAUCCACCUGACAGUUGUGGCAUAUCAAGAAGCUGAUUAAACAUGAUCAUUACACAGGCACACCUUGUGCUGGGGACACUAAAAGGCCACUCUAAAAUGUGCAGUUUUGUCACAACACAAUGCCACAGAUGUCUCAUCUGAGUAGGCCUGCAAUUGGCAUGCUGCCGGCAGGAAUGUCCACUAGAGCAUUUCCUGUUAAUAUCUCUACCAUAAGCCGCCUCCAAUGUCGUUUUAGAGAAUUUUGCUGUACGUCCAACCGCCUUCACAACUGCAGACCACAUGUAUGUGGUUUGCUGAUGUCAAUAUUGUGAACAGAGUGCCCUGGGAUGGCGCUGGGGCAGGCAUAAGCUACGGACAACGAACACAAUUGCAUUUUAUCGCUGAUCAUGAGGCCCAUUGUCGGGCCAUUCAUCUGCCGCCAACACCAUGUUUCAGCGUGAUAAUGCAUGGCCCCAUGUCUCAAGGAUCUGUACACAUUUCCUGGAAGCUGAAAAUGUCCCAGUUCUUCCAUGGCCUGCAUACUCACCAGACAUGUUUGGGAUGCUCUGGAUCGAUGUGUACCAGUUCCCGCCAAUAUCCAGCAACUUCGCAAAGCGAUUGAAAAGAAGUGGGACAUCAUUCCACAGGCAAAUGGUCACACCAGAUACUGACUGGAUUUCUGACCCACACCCCAAUUUUUUUAUUUAAGGUAUCUGUGGCCAACAGAUUCAUAUCUGUAUUCCCAGUCAUGUGAAAUCUAUAGAUUACAGCCUAAUGAAUUUAUUUCAAUUGACUGAUUUCCUUAUAUGAACUGUAACUCAAUAAAAUCUUAGAAAUUG